AUGAAGGUUCAUGCCCUCUCAUCAGGGGAAAAGGGAAGUAUGGAUAAAAAUUGUGCUUUAUCAAGAGUUAUUGCGGUUCCACUUCAGCAUUUUCGUAUAGAUGUAGCUCCCAUGACGGUAAAACUUGCCGAUCCAUUACUUUUUAUACUACGUCAGGCAGGAACAUGUGUUUUGGAAACCGUAAAUCAAUCGGAAAGUAUUACUUCGGAUCAUAAAAAUGGGGAAGAACAGAAUAGUGAGAAUAAUAAUCAUGAUAAUCAUCAUAAUAAUAACAAUAAUGAGGUACAUGAUAAUAGCGAUGUUGUGAUAUCAUCCACUUCAGAAGGACCUUUUAUUUAUAACUGUCAUAUU